ACGCUUAACUCGAACCGGUUCAACCCGGAAAACCGAAUCCCUUACAGACAUCAUAUAAAUAGGAUCCGUCAUCGAGGUCUUGAAGCUCAUAUUUCGUACUCUCGUCACCAGGUUACACCUUCCAUUCUUCCCCGCGAAAUCAAAGACUUCACCGGAGCUUCGGAAGUCGCCGCCGGCGAGGGGUAAACUAGUGUUUCAUUCAUUCCGGACGGCUCUCUGGUUCGAAUUAUUGUGCCAGGUUUGUUGAGGAAACAUGGGAUAUGAAUCUGGUAGCGCAUCCCACGAUGGUCGUGAUGAAGGUGAUGAUGAUGAUGAAUAUGAGGAGGCUGGUGGUGGCAACCAUCUUUUGGGAUUUAUGUUUGGAAAUGUUGACUACUCUGGGGAUCUUGAUGUUGAUUACCUUGAUGAGGAUGCAAAGGAGCAUCUUGCUGCAUUGGCUGACAAGCUUGGUCCAUCCCUAACAGAUAUUGAUUUGUCUGUGAAAUCGCCACAAACACAUUCAGAUGCUGCUGAACAAGAUUAUGAUGACAAGGCGGAGGAUGCUGUGGACUAUGAGGAUAUUGAUGAGCAAUAUGAAGGCCCUGAAGUUCAAACUGCCACCGAGGAGGACUUUUUAUUGCCAAAGAAGGAUUAUUUCUCUAAAGAAAUUGCAGUAACUACUUUGAACAACACAGCCUCUGUUUUUGAUGAUGAAAACUAUGAUGAGGAUGAUACUGAAGAGAACAAAGAGCAGGAUGUGUUGAAGAACAGCACUGAAGGCCAACCUUUUCCUGAAACAGGCAAGUACAAUCAUGAUUUCAAAGAAGCAUGUGAAGGGGAAAAACUUGCUAAAGAUGUUAUACCCUCAUAUUCUGAAGAGCUUGCAAAAGAUGCCCUGCCCCUGGAUUCUCCUGAAUCUGUGGAUUUUGCCGACUUUCAGGAGUCUGUUGAGCCAUUUGAUGGUAAAAGCUCUAUGCCACUACCAAUUCUUUGCAUAGAAGAUGGAUUACCUAUCCUACGGUUUUCUGAAAUUUUUGGCAUUCAUGAAACCCGAAAGAAGAUUGAGAAGAGGGACCACCGUUAUUCUGUUGCAAAAGAGAAGUACAACUUGGAUAGUUCUGAACUUCUUGAAGAUGAUGAAGAGGAAAUUUUGAGAGGAUCUUAUAAAGACUUUCCUUGGUUGAAGGUGGCAUGUGUAACUGAAGACAACAUUUCAGAUGAUGAACUGGGAUCCUUUCAGGGGAAAGGAAGAAUAGGUGCAACUGCUGAUGACAGGAAAAAAGACUUUUGUAGUAGUGCUGAACCAAUGAAGUCAAAUAUGCCACAAAAUCUCUCUGCUGAUUGGAGUUCACCUUCUUGUCCCAAGUUCUAUCCUCUUGACCAACAGGAUUGGGAGGAUGGAAUUAUUUGGGGCAACUCUCCAGCUUCAAGUGCUGAGACUGCUGAGAGUUUUGAGACCUCUGGACCGAAUUUUGGAGCAUCUUUUGAUAAAGAAAUGGAUCUGGAGGCUGACUCAGGAACUUCGGAACUAGGAAUUGAAUCCAACGAAAAAGAUAAAAAUUCCUUUAUCCACGUUCAAUCUGUUUCUGUGGAACCUUUUGGCUCACGAGAAAUUUCGGGACAAACGGACGUUCCUUUAUUAGCAGGAAGAUUUCAUCCUCAACUUUUGAGGUUAGAGUCUCGAUUGGAUGUAAAUCAGCAAGAUAACACUGAGGAUGGGGAAUAUAUUGCCCAAGAAAAAACCUGCUCUGAUGCCUUGAGGCGUUUCAGUGAGCUCACAUUGCUGAAUAAAGAUGUGGAGGAAGGAUCUUGGUUGGACAACAUUAUUUGGGAACCAGAACAAGCCAUAGCAAAACCAAAACUAAUUUAUGAUCUUCAAGACAAACAGAUGCUUUUUGAAAUUCUGGACAGUAAGGAUAGCACCAGUCUUCAGCUUCAUGCUGGUGCAAUGAUCACUACCGGUUUGGGGAAGCCCAAUGUGGGUGAUUCUGCUGAGUUACUUCAUGGAGGUCCUACAGGGCGUUUCAAUAUUGCCAAUGACAAAUUUUAUUCAAACAGAAAAUCUUCACAGCAAUCAAAAUCACAUUCAAAGAAGCGCACUGCUCAUGUUCUCAAAGUUCUGCAUUCAAUUCCAGCUCUUAAACUAGAGACUAUGAAGGCAAAGCUAAGCAAUAAAGAUCUUGCUAAUUUUCAUCGGCCUAAAGCUCUAUGGUAUCCCCAUGAUAAUGAAGUGGUGCUCAAGGGACAAUGGAAGCUGCCUACACAAGGACCCAUGAAAGUCAUAUUGAAGAGUUUGGGAGGCAAAGGAAGUAAACUUCAUGUGGAUUUUGAGGAGACUGUCUCUUCACUUAAGGCAAAAGCGUCAAAAAAGUUAGAUUUUAAACUCUCUGAGCCAGUAAAAAUAUUUUAUUCGGGGAGGGAGCUUGAAGACGAUAGAUCUCUUGCUGAACAAAAUGUUCAACCGAACUCCUUGCUGCAUCUUGUUCGCUCAAAAAUAUAUUUGUUGCCUAGGGCACAAAAGCUUCCGGGUGAGAACAAGUCUUUGCGUCCUCCUGGGGCUUUUAAGAAGAAAUCUGAUCUUUCUGUGAAAGAUGGCCAUGUUUUCCUGAUGGAAUACUGUGAGGAGAGGCCUUUGCUCCUAGGAAAUGUUGGAAUGGGUGCAAGAUUAUGUACCUACUACCAAAAAUCAACUCCAAAUGAUCAAACAGGUGUAUUGAUGCGCAAUGAAAACAACAAUUUGGGGAGUGUCCUCAUUCUUGAUCCUGCUGAUAAAUCACCUUUUCUUGGAGACAUAAAACCUGGUUGCAGCCAGUCGUCCCUUGAGACUAAUAUGUACCGAGCACCUAUAUUUCAGCAUAAAGUGUCAUCAACAGAUUAUCUAUUGGUCCGCACAGCAAAGGGAAAGCUGUCUAUCAGGCGCAUUGACAGGAUUGAUGUUGUUGGACAACAGGAGCCUCACAUGGAAGUGAUGUCUCCUGGGUCAAAAGGAGUCCAGACAUACAUUAUGAACAGACUAUCGGUAUACAUGUAUCGUAAAUUUCAUGCUGAUGAGAAGCGUGGUGUGCGCCCUUUUAUCCACGCAGAUGAGUUGUCUGCACAAUUUCCUAGCUUGUCAGAGACCUUCCUUAGGAAAAGGCUUAGAAAUUGUGCUGAUAUGCAGAGAGGAUCAAAUGGGCAGCUGAUUUGGGUUACGAAGAGCAGCUUUCGCAUUCCAUCAGAAGAGGAAUUACGGAGGAUGGUGACGCCUGAAAAUGUCUGUGCAUAUGAAAGCAUGCAGGCUGGCCUUUACAGGCUCAAGCGCCUAGGUAUUACCCGGCUAACUCAACCUACAGGCCUUUCCUCUGCAAUGAAUCAGCUUCCAGAUGAAGCAAUUGCCUUAGCUGCUGCUUCACAUAUUGAGAGGGAACUGCAGAUAACACCAUGGAACUUGAGUAGCAACUUUGUUGCCUGUACAAACCAGGACAGAGGUAAUAUUGAGCGUUUGGAAAUUACCGGGGUUGGAGAUCCUUCUGGACGAGGAUUAGGUUUCAGUUAUGUCCGCACUACUCCAAAGGCACCUGUAUCAAAUGCGGUGACAAAGAAAAAAGCAGCUCUUGCUAAAGGGACAACUGUUACUGGAACGGAUGCUGAUCUUCGCAGACUGAGCAUGGAAGCUGCACGUGAGGUCCUCCUUAAGUUCAAUGUUCCAGAGGACCAGAUUGCUAAACAGACAAGGUGGCACAGAAUUGCCAUGAUUCGGAAACUGUCAAGCGAGCAAGCCGCUUCGGGUGUAAAGGUUGAUGCAACAACAAUAAGCAAGUAUGCUCGAGGUCAGCGUAUGUCGUUUUUGCAAUUGCAGCAGCAGACGAGAGAAAAAUGUCAGGAGAUCUGGGAUCGGCAGGUCCAAAAUCUUUCUGCGGUUGAUGGUGAAGAAAUUGAGAGCGAUGCAGAAGUAAAUAGUGACCUAGAUUCCUUUGCUGGAGACCUCGAAAAUCUUCUUGACGCAGAGGAAUGUGAAGAGGGCGAUGAGGGUGCUUGUGAUUUAAAGCAUGACAAAAUAGAUGGUGUCAAGGGACUCAAGAUGAGAAGGCGCCCAUUUCAAGCUCAGUUGGAAGAGGAAAUCGAAGACGAGGCUGCUGAAGCUGCAGAACUGUGCAGGAUGCUCUUGGAUGAUGAGGAAGCCGAACGAAAGAAGAAGAAAAAGGAAAAAUCUGUGGGGGAGCGAGUUGGGGCUCCAGAGGCACAAUCGCGGUUUGUUAUGGAAAAUACCGAACGUGGAAAGAAAACCAGUGUGACUACUAAAGCAGUCAUCAAACCUGAUGUGUUGAAUGCAUUUAAGGAGGAUAUAGCUGGGGAUCAGAGUGAGGCUGAUGGUUUAGUUGCGAAAAGGAGCUUUUCUAGCAAGGUAAAACCAAAGAAAGGUAAAAUCGUCGAUGUUGCGGAGCCGGGAUUACUCAAAAAGAAAGUUAAAAUACUGGCUGAUGGAAUUCAGAAUGUCAAGGAGAAAAAAUCGGCACGAGAGAGUUUUGUCUGUGGAGCUUGUGGUCAGCUUGGCCAUAUGAGAACGAACAAGCAUUGUCCGAAGUACGGGGAAGAUUUGGUGGAACCACGACCCGAAAAUGCAGAUCCCGAGAAGGCGUCAGCAAAACCUACCUCGUCGGAGCAUGCAGAUCCGCCCCAGCCGAAGCCCCCGAUGAAGAAGAUCGUACAGAGAAGCGCAACGAAGAUAGCGGUGGUCGAGACUCAGGACGAUGAAAAGUCUAGCUCGAAGGCUAAAGUUCUGAAGUUCAAAUGCGGUUCGACCGACAAAUUGCCCGAUAAACCCACCCCCGCCACCUCGCUGAGUUCCGAUAAACCGGCAAUGUCAGAUGGCGAAACUGGGUCCAAGUCCGUCGUGAAGCUCAAUAAGUUGAAGUUUUCUAACAACAUGAAACAACCCGUGGAAGAGACUGCAGUCGAGUCACGCAAACCCGCCAUUCUAAUAAAACCGUUAGUCGAGGCUGGUGAUAAGCCACGCAAGAAGAUUGUGAUCCGACAAUCGAAGGACUCUUCUAACGCUGAGGAUGUCAGCCAGGAAGGUAGCAGCGGUUUCGAACAUAGGAAAAUGAAAAAAAUCGUCGAAUUGUCGUACGCUGACAUGUAUACGGAUCAGGGAAGUUAUCAUUUCUCCGAAGAGGCAUCGAGGAGGAAAAGCAUGCAGGCUAAGCAGAGGCAAUGGGAGGAGGAAGAAAGGCGGAGAAUGGUGGAGAGAGAGAGAGAGGAAAGGAGGAUGUAUGAGCAACAGAAGGCAUUCGAAGAACAAGAGAGAUUAUCGGAAAUUCGAAGAUACGAAGAUAGUUUAAGGAAAGAGAGAGAAGAAGAAGAACGCCAAAGGGCAAAAAAGAAGAAGAAACAAUUCCAGCCAAAACCCGAAAUCAGAAACGAUUACUUGGACGAUUUUCCUCCUAGGAAAACCGACAAAAGGAUCCUGGAUCGAGAGAGACCAUCAAAACGAAGACUAGAUCCUGAGUUGGGGGGAAGGCAUGGCUUGGAGUACACGCCAUCCACAAAGCGUCGAAGAACGGGAGAGGUUGGCUUGUCAAACGUCUUGGAGGGGAUCAUCGAGACUUUGAAGGGAAGGAAGGAGGUAUCGUUUCUCUUCUUGAAACCAGUGACCAAGAAAGAGGCUCCAGACUACCACAAAUAUGUAAAGCGCCCCAUGGAUCUCUCCACGAUCCGGGAGAAGGCAAGGAAGCUGGAGUACAAAAACCGUGACCAGUUCAGGCAUGACAUGGCACAAAUCGCCAUCAACGCACACCUGUACAACGAUAAUCGCAAUCCAGGUAUUCCUCCCCUCGCAGAUCAGCUUCUGGAGAUCUGCGACUUCCUGUUGAUGGAACACGAUGCCUCAUUGUCAGAAGCAGAAGCCACUAUGGGUACUUAGAGACUAACUUCAUUAACGCUCUCCCCUCUCCCCUCUGAUCCCUAGUCCCAUUUUGCAAGGACAUGUUUUUCACCCACCCCCCGUGCCGCCCCCCCAAAAAAAAAAAAGUAAAAAAGAAAAAAAAAGAUAUAUUUAAGAACCUGUCACAAUAUUGAUAGCUUGUGUCUGUUGUAUAGAAUUUCAUCUUAGGCAAAACGCACUUCUUUCCUAUUGAUGCUGCACCAUGCAUGCCCAAAAUGUGAAAAGUGUUCAAAGUGAUUAGACUGAUUGUUCAUUUUGAACGAACUAAUUAUUCAUUUUUUUUUUCUUGAAAUUGAGGGAUUGAAAGGUUUGGCCU